UUUCCAGCUGACGAAGCCACCGGCAUCUUUGCUGUUGUCAUUCACAUCCUACCUCUUGUUUUGGAGUUCAUGUUCUUUUGUGUGCUAAAAUAAUUGGAGAAUGGCGUACCAUCAACACUCUAACGAAGGGCUGUCAAACAUACAAAAUACAAACCGGACCACCAGAGACUCCAGUCCCCCCCAUGGGACGAAGAUAUCAACAAUCAAGGAUUUUGAAUUCAUUUUAGUUCACAGGCCACAUACACACCAAUUCAGUCUCAAGCAAGUGGGUCAGUCCAACCCAUAAUAACCUAAAAAAUGUACUGAAAAAUGGGAGUGGCCUGAAGAAAUAUGAGCAGCCGGAAAUGUCUGAAAGUCUAAACGUCGAAUCUGAACUAAAAUGAGUUAGACAGUCCUGCUCUGAUGUCAACACCCUGGUGUUCGAGGAGUACUUUUACAGAAAGUACUCUACGUUUCUGAACCAGUCAUGAGCCAAGGGAUCCGCCCAGUGGGUGGAGCCAUGGAAAAACUCAAACUUGACAGCCUCAUGUCCGCUGAGUCUGGAUCAGUGAAGCAGAGAUGGGCCACCGAGUCUCAAUCCCAAGAGGUCCGCCCGUGAGGAUUGUGAUGAUCGGUAAAACAGGCGUCGGUAAGAGUGCAGUCGGAAACACCAUAGUGAAUAAAAAGGCCUUCAUAUCUCUGGAGAGUCCGGAGUCGGUGACGGCUCACUGUAGACACGCCCAGCUGGAAGGUGAGAAGAGGGAGGUCCACGUGGUCGACACCCCCGGGAUCCUGGACACGUCCAAAAGCGUGGAAGUCGUGAAGAAAGAGAUCAUCAAGUGCAUCCAGAUGUCCACGCCCGGCCCCCACGUCUUCCUGCUGGUGCUACAGAUCGGAAGGUUUACCAAAGAAGAAGAAAACUGCGUGGACGCUUUGGAGAAGCUGUUCGGACCGGAAAUGUCCAAGUACAUGAUCGUGUUGUUCAGUCACGGAGACAAACUGACGCAGCAGGGCACCACCAUCUUCGACUACCUGAGGAGCGGGCACCCCAAACUGACCGAACUGUUGAACAGGUGCGGCAACCGCUUCCACGUCUUCAACAACAAAGACAAGAAGAACAGGAAGCAGGUGGCCGAGCUGAUUAAGAAGAUCGACGAGAUGGUGGCGGCCAACAGAGCCUCGUAUUACAGCGACGACAUGUUCGAGGCGGUGGACAGGACCCAACGGCAGCCCGACAAACUGCCCGACGGGACCGAGGACCUCAACGUCAACGUCCUGUCCGAGCUGCUGCAGAGGAUCAUCCAGUUCCAGGCCACGCUGUCGGCCACCACGCCGGCACCGGCAGCGGUCUAUGACAACAAAACGUAGAGGGGGUGGAGGGAACGCUGAUGCCAUGGCAACAGGAAACAGAACUACUAAAAUAAGAAAUACUACCACGACUACUACUACUACUACUACUACUGCUACUACUGCUACUACUACUACUACUACUACUGCUACUACUACUACUGCUACUGCUACUA